AAAAUAAUAAAAGAUAAAAUUCAAAUUACAGUCUUUACCUUUGUAUGAAUACCUCUCGGACACGAGGCGGUGAUGCGAAGCCGGAGAUAAGUGUUAGGGUUAGGGUUUUAAUUAGCUGAUAGAGAUGUACGCUGAUCGGGUGGAGGAGGAUGCUGGGAAAAGGUCGGUGAAGGAGAGACUCAAUGGCAAUCCCUCCGGUAACUUCAUUCCUCGGCGUCAAAUAGCUGGCAAAAGACAGAGGCAAGAUGACAAGUGGGAACAUGAUCUUUACCAAGAAGAUGGACCUAAUGUUUCAAAUCGUAAAGUCGAUGCUCGAGAUCUUCGGUUGAAGUUGCAAAGGAAAAGUCUGCAAAAUGUGUCUCAAAGUGGAAGGGGAACUCUCUCAGGUGUCCGUGAUCUUCGGGAAAAGUUAUCUGGAACAAUGAAUGCACAGCCAAUAAAUGCUGAUCCGCCAAAACAAAAAGUGAAGGUUGCCCAACCAGCCAGGAAAAGUGUAGCGGUUGAAACUCCUGAACCAGAGCCUAGUAGAGCUGCAAAUACUCCAGCAAGAAAGAAGGCUAAGCAAAGCGCUGAUACAUCCGUGGAGGGCUUCCUCCAGUCCUUGGGUCUUGAAAAAUAUGCAAUCACUUUUCAAGCUGAGGAAGUUGAUAUGACUGCACUUGUACACAUGACAGAUGGGGAUCUAAAAGCUUUAGGCAUACCAAUGGGACCAAGAAAAAAGAUAAUUCUGGAAUUGGAGUCAAGAAGCUGAUAAUCGGAGUCAAGAGCCUGUCGAAUCUCGAGAUGUGUUAAUGUCCAUUCCUACAAGAUUGUAAGGUUGUGUGUUGGGUGAUAAGAACCUGCAUAUGUACCAAUUCUUGUUGGUAUUUCCCCCUUUUUUUUUUUCUUUUCUCUUGUUAAGUUUUAUUAACAAAAGUAUGGCUUCACGAGACUUUGUUAUUGAAAUGGAACGAUGGAAUAUCGUUAGAUUGAAAGUAGGGUAGGAUGUUCUUUUUGUUGCCAAUUAGUGGCAUUCAGUUAGAAACUUUAAACUGACAUAUGGGCUGCAUUGUCUUAAAUUUAUAUUUUUGUAAAGUUUCUAAACUCUAAAUCCAAGUGUUUGAGAGCUUAACUAA